AUGGCUGACGAUGACAGUGAUGCUGGUGCUGGUGCCACUUUAUCUGAACUGGAGGACCUCGAGCAGUCCAUGGGCGUCACUCCACACGAUCAUGGCCAGGGGCCACUUGUUGUCAGAGCGCCACGGGGGCCACCACCACCGCAGCCGCUGCACCCUCCAUCCACAGCCAUCUCUGGGAGGUCUUCUGCGGCAGCAGGCCGGUCCGACACACCGGCCGAUGGGGCCAGCGACAGCGACUCCAAUCCUGCCCGCCGAUGGCCGGCAUUGGAAGUGCGCGAGAACAACCAAAGGUUCAUGGUGCGAGUGCAGGGGCCACCCUUGCCGGACGGAAGGUUCGAAAGGUCUCCCAGCAGCUCUCCGGUUGGACUUUCCAGCUCUACCUCCUGUGAAGCUGCCUCGCCAGCUUCACUUAACUCACUUACAUGGUCGGAGACAAGCCUCGUGCUGGAGGGACCGAGCUUGGAGGAAUCCAGGGGGGUGCUUUGCGGCCAAUUUCGGUUGGAAUUAUGUGCUACCUGCCCGAACAUCUCGAGCAGGUCCCAAGGGGCCAGGGUCGGGGCCCUCAGAAGGAAACUCCAGGGUGCCUCCUGGCAAGUGGUUCAGCGGCUGGCCCACCAGUAUCUUACAGAAUCUCGCCGGCAAUACUGGGCCAACUGGGAGUACCAGGCUACCCACGAGAGACGCCCCAGGUCUGUUCCGGACGAUGGCCUCUGCGCAGCCGACGGCCAGGGCCGCGACGCAAAAUGCCUGGCACGUGCAGGCGGGACCUGGCGCUCCGCCGGGGAAGCAUUGCAGCAGAGCGCUGAGCAUGCCACUCACCCAAGCUGUCAAAUCCGCGACGGGCACGCCAACGAGCAGGUGCACAACAAGUACCAGGUUUGCGUUGUGCAAGAAACGCACUGGUCGGCCAGCUCAGAGUACUACUCAGGGAAGUGGCUGUGUAUACACAGCGCGCCGGCCCCUGCUGAUGCCGCCACAGACAGGUAUGCUGGGCUGCUCGUCAUGUUGUCACGUGCCCACUUCCAGGACCCAGCUGUGCAUGAGGUGAUCGGGGGUCGCGUGGUGCAUGUCCGUGCCAAGCCUAAGCAUUCGGAUGUUAGCCUGGAUAUAGUUGCUACUUACCAGCACGUGUGGCGCAGUCACUUAUCCACACAGGAAAACACCAAGCUUAGAGAUUCGGUUUGGGAUGCCCUUGAUGUCACCCUUGGCUCCUUGCCCUCUCGGAACAUCCUCUUUGCGUGUGGGGAUUACAAUACUAACUUGCGACCACAACACCCUCAUGUAGGCAAUGCCGUGGGACCAGCCACUAGUGCUAGCACCACUGACUCUCGUCUGCCCGCGCUCUUAGCCAGUCACGACUUAUGCGCAUUGAACAGCUGGCACGCGCAACCGCCACACACUCACUACAGUCACCAGGGCUACUCACAAAUCGAUUAUGUCCUGACCCGUAGGAACGUGGCCACGGGGACGAGCCGUCAGGCUCGUCCCUUGCAUCACUUUCCUGUCGCAGGGCGGCGCCUUGCUGGCCACCUGCCUGUCGAGGCUCAGCUACCAAUGCUGCCGGUGCACUGGCGGCCAGGCCGUCCUCAGACCACCAGCCCGCCCAUCGACAGAGCCCGUCUGCUUGAGGCCGCUACCAGUUGCAAUGCGGACGCGGCAGCCCUCCAAACCCUGGUCGCUGAAAAGCUGCAGGACCUCCCCAUCCAUGACCCCCACGCCUUGCAUACCCGUGUCAAUCACAUACUCCAGCAAUGUGUGCGGCAGGUCUUCCCUCCACCUCCGAUUGCCGACAGCCGUGUCAGCGCGCAGGCGCCGUUCCGUGCCUCAGCCAGACAAACCUGGCGCUUGUAUGCUCUGCUGCGCAGGCCGCGUGUCGCCACCAUUGCCGCCAUGCUUCACAAGUGGAAGCUCUACUUGGCAUUUGCUCGGGCCUCCAGGGCCCUCCGCCAGCAAUGUAAGGACAUCAAGUGGACUGCUUUUUCUACCAAGCUGCUGCAGGCCGAAGAGGCAGCCCAACGGGGCGACCAGCGUACCCUAUUUCAAAUCGUCCGCUCCUUGACACCCUCACCUGGGCGGGUCUUCUCGCGUCUCCGUGAUGACGAGGGGCAGCUCCUCAGCAAGAAUGCCGAAGUCCAGGCCUUGGUAGCCCAGGGUAAAACCACCUAUGCGCAACAUAGUGACCGUCCCCUAGGCAACUCACUCACUGAGUCCUUGCCCAUCACAGAUGCCGAAAUCACUGUGCAACUGGAGGCUACAAAAGCGGCCAAAGCUGUCCCCAGCCAUCUGGCGCCAGCCGCGGCCUGGAAACUCUGUGCUUCCUUGCUUGGCCCUGUCUUCGGUGCUUCCUUCCGCCAACACUUCGUGCAAGGCUCACCUGGACAUCUUCGGGGAGACCUCACUGACGCUCAGAUGGUCAUGUUGCCUAAGGUGGGGAAAUCUCCGCACGUCUUGGGAAAUCUCAGGCCUAUUGGACUCAUGGGGCCGCCCUCAAAGGCCCUCGCGGGGGCCCUGCGUGAUCGUAUGCUUGAGCAGCUCGGCCAACUUGUUACCCAACGUCCGCAGUUUGCCUACACGGCGGGACGUGGCACGCUGAAUGCCCUCCUUCGCAUCCACAUGCAUGUGGCGGAGGCCACCAAGCUGUUUCGCUCGCAGCAUAUUUCCAGAUUUGGGAUGCACGCGGGCAGGCGACCGCUGGCCCUUGCAGGAGCCCUCAGCCUGUCUCUUGACCUAAGUCGUGCCUUUGACCUGGCCGAUCGCUGCAGCAUAUACAGUACGUUGGAGAAGUAUCAGGUUCCCCAUGCUGUGGUCGAAGUGGUACAACGCCUCCACACGGGUGCGAGAUUUGUCUACCAGGCCGGGAAUCACACUGCAGCCUUUGUGCCCACCAACGGGUUGAAGCAGGGUUGUAAAGUAGCCCCAUGCCUGUGGGUAUGGUAUACCAUUGCCCUGUUUGAUACCCUCGAAGAACGACUCUCCGAAACUUGGGUGAGACACACACCCACCAUGUUUGCUGAUGACUGCUGGGCGCACUGGCUCAUAAAAUCCUCUGACGAUCUUCAGCGUGCCCUCCGUGAGUUGCAAAUCCUGCUGUGCACUCUCGAAGAUUACAAAAUGCGCAUCAACUUCUCGAAAACAGCGAUCUUGCUCAAACUUGUUGGCAAGCAGGCACAAACUGCACUCCGAGCGCACACCCGACUGAAGCAGGGGCUCCCUCAUCUCGUUGUGCUGGUGAAUGGCCGUACUCAGCUCAUUCCCAUUAAAACCGAGCAUGAGUACUUGGGGUCGAAGGUCAGUUACCACCAUGUGGCGGACCGGAAUCUCGAGCAUCGCUUACAGGCGGGCCAGCUCCGCUACCACUCCAUUCAAAAGUCUCUCACAGGUCGGCAUGCCAUCACGCAAGCUCAUCGAAUCCGGCUCUGGGCUGCUUGUGUCUUCACCAGCACCAUAUACUCACUCGCUGCAGUAGGCCUAACCACACAGGGGCUGCAGAAAUGGGAGACGCGCACCCUUAAGCACUUGCGGGCCAUCAUGCGGAAACCCGCACACCUCACGCGAGUCACCAAUGAAACCAUUUGGCAGCAGGCGGGGCUGCGCAAACCAGGGGAGCAGCUCCUGGACCAACUCCAGCAGGCCCGGGCCAAACUUGAGUUGCGCGCACGGGUUGCACCGGACAUUACCACUGAAGCAGGGGUACUGGACUAUCUGCGACAGCACGAGACGCACCUGCGUCUCCUGAUACAGCGUGCGCAGGACCAUCCGCCGGCACCCAUCCCUGUUCAGCAGUAUGUCUGCCAGCAUUGCGAGGCCGUCUUCUUGACGGAGCACGCGCUCCAUAUCCACUGCGGCAUCAAGCAUCCGGCUCCGGCCAGCGAGGCGGGCAGACCUGAGCCGAAACAUCUGUUUGAUCCUGCCCAGCAUUCGGUCGGUGGCCUGCCUCACUGCAGGGCUUGUGGUCGCAAAUUCACGAAAUGGCAGUAUCUCAAACAUCACAUUGAGGUGGGAGCCUGUGAAGCUGUAGGGGGGGCCUCCUUCGUGCACAAACCAACAGCUGAGGUGGAGUUGAGAGCGGAGCUCCAACCGCCGACUCAGCCGCCGCCGACACAUCAAGAAUCGCCGGUGCAAAAUCUACCCUUAGUUCAGCGGCCUUUCUUUCAAGCCUCGUGGGCGCGUUGGGAAAGCUUGCUCUCCAACACUGCCAUCCGCCAGGAACUCCAGGCUCAUUGUGUCUUGUGCCACUUCUGGGUAGCUGACUACCAGCACAUCAAACAGCAUCAGCGUAGGGCUCACUGGGACAUCGUGCAUCCUCUUCAGAUGCCGAGCGACUCUAUCAUGAGUCCGGACGGGCAGGGAAUCAACCCGGAGGCGGACAUCUUCCGGUACGUGAACUUCCAGAACAGCACAUCGCAACGCGGACAGGGGAGCGACACCUCGGAGGGCCAGCCUACCAAGCGACCACGCCCGGAGCAGCCUGCCACCAGACAGCGCCGUCACCAAAAGCAACCGGGGCGACCUUUUGGGGCCAGCGCCCUCGGGCCACAUCAAGACACCAUCAAGACCCUCACCAAGGUCAUCAUCCGCCAGGAGGACCAGCUUGCGGAGCUACGUGGAGACAAAGGCUUUUGUCUUUUCCUUCGCGAGGACCCGGAGGUGAGCAUUCUGCCGGCCCUCAUCCAGAUAUCCAAGGAUUGGCACACUCGCCAGGAUGCUCGAGACGCGACACUCAAGUCCCCGCUGAGGACGCUGUUGAUGGCUUGCCUCAUCCGCCGAUUGCGGGAACUCAUGGUGCUCAUGACCUCCACACCGGAGUCGGUCAAGAAGCUCCAGGCAGCGGACUGGAUGAAUCAGGCCGAAGAGUGGACAUACUUCAAGUGGAGUCAUCAGGAGAAAAGGCUGGUCAGGGACACGGACAAGGAGGCGAUCGCACAGCCGGCGCUUCUGGAGAAGAUAGACUACUUGCUCGCAAAUCUCCGGGGCGACGUGGUUCAGAAGUUCACAUCCCGCCCACGCCUCAACGAGGUGGGGGAUGCCAAUGCCACAACGGCGCUCUUCUUCCUCUCCAUCUCCCUGCGAGGACCGGUGGCGCAGCAAGUGCACGAGCAUCUGGUGCAGUUGAUUGGGGUCUCGGCGCUGAUGCUGAUCGGGGCCUCCCUCAAGCGGGAAAUACCGAGACGAGCAGCAAUCGUGCAGCAGCUGGCGGAGGCAGUCUUCCAUUGUCGCUUCAUCAGGGGUGUCAACAUGGAGCAGCCGUGCAGUCUCACCCUCGGGUGA